AUGACUGCAACGAUCAAGAGUAGUUUUUUGAUUGAUGAUUUACUAUCUGCUUUCAAGCGACCAAUAACAUCGGUACCUGUACCAAUACCAUCGAAUCCUCCUGUUCCAACAAAAGAAUCUGCUCCUGUAUUAGCUAAUGAUAUAUCACCAAUAUCGCUUAAUUUUUUUCAACCACCUAAUCAAUUUAAUCAAUAUGCUGCUAUUAAACCUGAAUUACAUCCAUUCUUUUUUCAUGGUUUGAGUUUUCACGCCUAUCUUAACAGUGAACAUUCACUUAAACAUUGUCGACGACGUAAAGCUCGAACAGUGUUUAGUGAUCAUCAACUUAAUGGUCUUGAAAAACGAUUUGAUGGUCAAAAAUAUUUAAGUACACCUGAACGAGUUGAAUUAGCUAAUGCACUUAAUUUAUCGGAAGCACAGGUCAAAACAUGGUUUCAAAAUCGUCGUAUGAAACAUAAAAAACAAGUUCGUCGACAAUUACAAAAUACAUCGGGUAGUCCAUUAUCCGAAGGUGUAGAUGAAGAUGAAUGUUGUGAGGAGAAUGAUAUUGAUGUUGUCAGUGAUGAUGAAUGUUACAGCAAUAAUUCUUCUUCGAAAUAA